UGGACAGUAUGCUUUCCAGUUUCACCUUCCUGAUACAAAUUUUCCGAUUCGAGGACUCAAACGCCUAUGCUCAUUCUACUUUGCAAGUUCUGCAAGAAUCUAAUGUUCCACCAGUUCAACGCAUUCACUCUUAUUUUGAUCUGCUUCGCCAAUUACUUUAUGAUGGAAAUUUUCAAGCUCGGCGUCUGGUCAUAAUUUACGCCGUUUUGGGCAGCUUAUCUGCGGAACAAUGGGCAGACAGCCCAACCGACUCAGGCUGUCUUCCACUCAGUCUUCUUACCGAAGCAUUUUUGCACUACACGAACACAAAUUUACCGGUCAGUUCAAUGGACACGACAGAGUUAUACUUCCUGGCCAAAAUAGGACAGACUUGGAGUUCACGUUACAGGUACCAUGAGUUUUUUUCUAACGUUACUUCUAGCAACAUGUCCCUACAAUUAAAGGGUAGGGGCGAUGGUCAAGUUUCUGGAAUCGGCCUCAAGCAGCCACCCAUAUCUGACCUUCUGAGGUUUAGUUUGGAAAUGAAGAGUUCUUCUGUCUCGGUAGCCGAACUGCAUGUUCUCAUUGCCAAUCGGCUGCUUAUAACGAAUGCAUCUCUGCUUCGCUCGUGGUUGAAGCCCCUGGUUACUUUAGCUGGACAGGAUUACGAAACAUACGGAGCCAGUAUUAACCAGUACAUUCUCCCGAAACUGGCCUCCGUUGAUCUAUCUCUUCUCUCGGAGAUGAUUGAAACGAUCAAUGAAAGUCAGCCUAAUGUUUGCAUAUCGUUGUUGUUUGACUGCUAUCGGCUGGCUUUACAGGCCGGACAGAAGGGACGCAAACGGUUCAAUUUUGGUCUGUCAUCUUGUUACCGGUUGCUGCGGCAAAUUUUGACGUGCCACGAUAUACAGGCUCGGGUAGAUGCAUUGGAAUUUCUUCGCACUGCUAUCCAAGGAUGCAAGGAUUCCAACGAACUGAUGCAACUCGUGGAUAUUUUCUUCAGUUUCUUGCGAGUCAACUUGUGGGAGCCGCAGCGAUCCGUUCGCCAGCAGAUCAGCUACGUGAUCUACGUGGUGCGUGUACUGUACCAAGGUCUUGAUCAUUUCCAGUCCUUAUCUUUGUUUGCGCAGGUGGCUAAGGGUUUGCUUGGAGGUUUUUCAAAAGCGAAGGCAAAGAAUACUUUGGAUUCAACGGAACCCCUCAGCACAUUCGAACCCAGGCACCGGCUUCUCCCACUGGCUGCUCUUCUGCUUCAAGGACUAUACCCCGGUGUGCCCGCAGCUAGAAUGUCACUCAGCCUGAGUGGGCUAUAUAACUUGGCAAUAGCGCUCGACGAAUCUGCUGGUGAGAAUCAUAAAGCCAACGAUUAUACCCUCGGAUUAUUCGGUCGAGCAGCCCGGUUGUCACUUGACAUUGGAUUUUCCGAUUCGAAAGACGAUUCCUGCGAUUUCACACUUGAUUCCGCUGGUAUCAAGCAGUUUUCCAGUCGCCUUUUCGUUGGGCUUUGCAGUCCAUACGAGGGUGACCGGGAGUACGCACUGCAGAUCUACCUUAGGACCGGGAGUACGCACUGCAGAUCUACCUUUCCACGGGUCUGGCAAGUAAAAUGUCCUUUGGCGUGGCAGUGCAUUCGCCUGGCAAUCAAUGCUGUCCCGAAGUCACCUGUUGACGAAGAUACCUCUACUCUGGAGAAUUCACAGGAUGAUCCGUUAUUGCAGUUAGAUUUAAGCACUCCUCCACGAGAACGUCUACUUCUGGCAGUCACUUGUUUGUUGAAUUCUAUCGAAACACAGCUCCAUUCAGCCGAGACAGUCCCAGUUGAAGGACUGCUUGCUGUGGCGGCUAGCAAACCGUUUUAUGCAAUGCUGAGCGCUGUUCGCUCUAUUCUCAGCAACUCUACCGCCGACGUCACGCAAUCCUGUGAGGAAAGCAAUCAGAGCAAGGUUGUCCCAGUUCGCAAGAUGGGAAAGCAUCGUAUUGACCGUGUGGACGUUUCUGUCGAUGCAGAUCUAGCUCAUCCUCGAGACCCAGAUGUCUUAUCGGAUGCCAGUGAGACUCGGAAAUUCCCUGAAUAUCUAACUGUCUGCUGUUGGCGCUCGGUGCGCGAGUUAUCCAUUUUGUUGGGUGUCUGCCUUCCUCAGAUCGCUGGGCUCAUUCCUGUACACACACCCUCCACAUCGAAUAGGAUGUCAUCUGCUUCGGGACGUAAACUCUCUGAUGAUCAGGUUCUAAAAACCAGCCAAUUUUUCUGCACCCAACUGUUGUGUGGUCGUCAUCGGGGUGCUUUAGAACAGUGUUCGAUUGGAUUUUCUCGCUUCUGCUCCAGUUUACUCAGCACCAAAGAAAACAAACUGAAAAGUCUACCUUCUAUUUGGCUGGAUGUUGUAUUGCUCGAUCUCCUGAAUGAACACGACUCAGAAGAUAAGGAGGAACUGGAUGCUUUUGUCCGACGCGCUAGAAUGAUUCCUUUAUCGAGUGUCCGUCGUGUUGGAGGAUAUUGCUCCACAAGACGAUCUGCUGGACUACCCUUCUUCAUACAGAGCAUUCUGGCCACAAUUUGGGAGACCCCUUCUGCAGACCGGAACGUCAUUUGUACUAGCAUCACGCGGCUUUUGAAUCUGGUAGAUAAAACUCUACACGAUCCUUCCUCAUCCUCCUGUUCGUUCGAACUUGUCGAACGUUGUGUUGUCGUGCUUAACGUUGCACGUGCUCUAUUCAGAGCCACCGGGUUGGCACAGCCUACCUCACAGUUUGUGGAACGCGCAACCUGCUUGGCUCUUGACGGAAUGGGUUCCGCCGAAUGGAAUAUAAGAAAUUCCUCGGGAUUACUAUACGGUGCUCUUGUGGAGCGCAUUUUCGGUGGAAAUCGGUCUCGUGAGGCAGCGAAUCGAAAAAAUUGCCUAACAUCUGCCAGCUUUUUCACACGUUAUCCGUCACUAAAGCAGCAACUACUGCGAGUUUUCGAAGCAACGUCAGACAACCUCAUCUCACCGGCUUUGGCGCAGAUGAAACAAUAUGCAUCCCUCUUUCUCCUAACUCGAUUGUUACCUCCGCACCAAUCGUGUGCUGCCAGCGGUCUUGUAGAAUCAACCUUUGGCCCGUUUGUGCUCCGCUGUGCGGCCAGUUGCAGUAUUCGUAUCCGUACCUUGGCUGCACGUGCAGUCAGCUGUCUGAUCCACGCUGAUAGAUUACCAGUCGUCGUAGAGGCCUACAUAGGGCAUCUGGAACGCCUCACCGCAGCUGGUGGUCCUCAUUCUUCAGCCAGAUCCAACUGUAAUUUCAUUCAUGGUCUACUACUCCAGCUGAGGCAGCUAUUCUCAUUGGACUUUUGGCCCGUGCAACCUCGUUCUCCUCGCUCCAGUCUUCUGCUCAAACUUGCAAAGACUCUCAGUUUUCUGGCUGAUCCGAUCGCCACUCCUUGUCCGUUGAUCAGGAAGACUUUUAUGUCCAUUGUCCAAACUCGGUUACACUUGGAUAUGAACGUAUCACACUCCGAAGUGCCUGGCUUGGGAAUUGAGGCCUCAGAGCUUCGAUUACGACUGAUUGUUACCGGAUGUUUGACAGCUUUACGCGAAGAAGGCAUCAGUCACCUAUCAGAGACCCAGUCUUUCCUGAGUAUCCUUCGACAGACUACCUCAUCAGAGUGCCAGGCCUCUGUAUUUCGAGAAGCCCUCUUCUUCCUAACAGAAAGUCUGCAGACUUUCGCCACACAUUUGUACGAUCUUGGUCCGGAAGAUCUCACUAUCGUGUACUCAAGGUCUGGUGCGCUCGAUCCAAGGUUUGGUGAUCGCGUUGUUAAAUGGAUUGGUUUGGUUGACCUUGUUGAAUUUCUCCGCGUCCUACCAAUGACCGUCAGGGCUAAUCACAUGGUUCUACGGUACGGCCUGUCCUUGUUGAUAGUGCUUCUCCCUUUUGCAUCUGCUGAUACAAACAAAUCCAUAAUCACCAUGUUCGAGUGGAUGGUCUCGUGUUUUGCAAGCAAGGAUGUCUACUACGGUCUAUAUUCUCCCUUCAUAUACUAUUUGGCUGCGGUUUUUCGCAAGAAGACCUGUUUGCCUUCUGAACUCAACGAAUUGUCCGACAAAAGUUUUGUUUGUGCACUGACCAACUUACUUGAGCAAUUCACAGGUGACGUCUUCAGGCGUGAUGAUUUCUUUGACGAUGAAAUACGUGAAGCCUUCGUCAAUGCCAUUGGUGGACUUUUCCUAUCCGCGCAGAACUUCCGCUAUACGGGCAAGUUGAAUCUACUUUUCCAGUUCCUACUGGAAUCGCUUCUCAACUUCAAUCAUCCUGAACUUCAAAAACUAGCUUGUGAAAAUUGUCUUCGCUUUCUCGAGACAAGCCGAACGGACGAUCUGACGAAUCAGAAUAGCAACAUCACACCCAUGCCGUACGUUGUGUUGCCACUUCUCAUCAAGCAUGUGUUGGAACAUGGCCUACUACAGGUCAGCCAGGUGAUUGCGGUCACUCAAGCACUAUUUGUCCCCGUCAGCUCCUCUGCGGACCGUAGCCCUCAGGAAUCUCAACAACGCGUUUUUGCGCACAAUGAUCCUAAGCGUUUGACGGAUAUGAUAACCACUUUCAGCACUGUCACGCAGACAAUCGGAGGUCUAAAAACGCUAAUGAGCAAUCCUUGUUCAAUGGAAUCGUUGUAUUUAGGCGCGAGGAAACAAAUUGCUACCGUCUUUGAACGAGUUCAUGGCGAAUUGCUGUGUGACUCCAAGCUUGUCACUGAGCCAAUCGAAGUUCGUCGCCUGUUUGAGCUAACCUGUCUAGAUGUGUUUGCUCGAAAUCUCGGUACUUUGACAUAUUGCGAUUGAAUUGAAUGUAUGUAAAUUCAAAUUUUGUUUACCUGGAAAUGAGAAAGAAAAUUGUAUUAUGAAUUGCAU